UGGACGCGGCAGGGCCGGCCUGGGAAGAACCGGCCUGCCUGCCUGCCUGCCUCGCUGGACGGCGCCUUCCCUCCGCCCUCUCCUCCGGCUUUCUAGGCUCAGGGGGCGCCACCUCCCAAGACAGUGACGCUGGCUCGGCCGGCCUGUCCCUUGUCGGCCUCCCGUCGUUGCUGCUGCCGCCGUCGCCUUUUUCGCACCACGGCGGAGCUAUGGCCGGCACUAGCAGUCCGGAGGCCGUGAAGAAGCUGCUGGAAAACAUGCAGGGCGACUUGCGGGCCCUGAGCAUGGAAUGCCGCAAGAAAUUCCCGCCCGUCAAGGAGGCUGCUGAAUCAGGAAUAAUAAAAGUUAAGACAAUAGCUGCCCGAAAUACUGAUAUCUUGGCAGCUUUGAAGGAGAACAGCUCAGAGGUCGUGCAGCCUUUUCUAAUGGGUUGUGGAACAAAGGAACCAAAGAUAACUCAGCUGUGUUUAGCAGCUAUACAGAGACUCAUGUCUCAUGAAGUUGUUUCGGAGAUUGCAGCUGGAAAUGUUAUAAAUAUGCUUUGGCAAUUGAUGGAAAAUAGUCUUGAAGAACUCAAGCUACUUCAGACAGUUCUUGUAUUAUUAACAACCAACACAGUUGUCCAUGAUGAAGCGCUUUCUAAGGCAAUAGUUCUUUGCUUUAGACUACAUUUCACAAAAGACAAUAUCACAAAUAAUACAGCAGCUGCCACAGUACGGCAAGUAGUUACUGUUGUUUUCGAAAGAGUGGUGGCUGAGGAUGAACUCUAUAAAGAUACUAUUGAGCAACCAAUAGGAAUUCAAGGAAACAGCAACAGAAGAUCUGUCAGUACCUUGAAACCAUGUGCUAAAGAUGCAUAUAUGCUUUUUCAGGAUCUUUGUCAGCUGGUUAAUGCUGAUGCCCCUUACUGGCUUGUAGGCAUGACAGAAAUGACUCGAACGUUUGGUUUGGAACUUCUUGAAUCAGUCCUCAAUGAUUUUCCACAAGUAUUUUUACAGCAUCAAGAAUUCAGUUUCCUCCUUAAAGAAAGAGUCUGUCCACUUGUAAUAAAGCUUUUUUCACCAAAUAUCAAAUUCCGACAAGGUUCCAACACUUCGUCUUCACCAGCACCAGUGGAAAAACCUUAUUUUCCUAUCUGCAUGCGUCUUUUGAGAGUAGUUUCUGUUUUGAUCAAGCAGUUUUAUAGCUUGCUGGUAACUGAAUGUGAGAUUUUCCUAUCAUUGCUUGUGAAAUUUCUGGAUGCAGACAAACCUCAGUGGCUAAGAGCUGUUGCAGUAGAAUCAAUACACAGACUUUGUGUGCAACCUCAGCUAUUAAGGUCCUUCUGUCAAUCCUAUGAUAUGAAGCAGCAUUCUACCAAGGUAUUCCGUGACAUUGUGAAUGCUUUGGGGUCAUUUAUUCAAUCACUGUUUCUUGUACCAAACACAGGAAAUGCAUCUACUACUGUAAACCAAACAGGAGGCAGUGUGCCUGGGGGUACAGCCUCAGCACAAACAAAUCCAGGAAUUCUAGGAAUGGGCGGAGGUGUGACUGUGUUGCCUGCUUUUGAGUACCGAGGUACCUGGAUACCAAUUCUCAGUGUAUCAACACAGGGCAGUGCAAAAGCUACAUAUCUAGAAAUGUUGGACAAAGUUGAGCCACCUACAAUUCCUGAGGGGUAUGCCAUGUCAGUAGCAUUCCAUUGUUUACUGGAUCUUGUCCGUGGUAUCACUAAUAUGAUUGAAGAAGAAUUAGGACAAGUUGAAAUGGACAGUGAGAUAACACCUGAUGCACAGUCCUCACCCACACAUUCUUCAGAGCUGCAAGAUUUUCAUUCAGCCUCUGACCAAACUGACAAAGAAACAGUUAGCAGAGCGGUUUGGGAAGAAAUGGUAAAUGCCUGCUGGUGUGGUCUUCUGGCUGCUCUCUCUCUCCUUCUGGAUGCAAGCACUGAUGAAGCAGCCACAGAAAAUAUUUUAAAAGCAGAACUGACCAUGGCUGCACUAUGUGGAAAACUGGGUCUUGUAACCUCAAGAGAUGCCUUUAUUACUGCCAUUUGCAAAGGCUCCCUGCCUCCCCACUAUGCUCUCACUGUACUUAACACUACUACUGCUGCUCUUUCCAGUAAAUCGUAUUCCAUCCAAGGGCAGAAUGUCCAGAUGAUCAGUCCAUCAAGUGAGUCUCACCAGCAAGUAGUAGCAGUUGGACAACCACUAGCUCUCCAGCCACAGGGAACAGUAAUGCUCACUUCUAAGAAUAUACAGUGCAUGAGGACGUUACUUAGCUUGGCUCAUUGCCAUGGAGCUGUUCUUGGUACUUCAUGGCAACUUGUCUUGGCAACUCUUCAGCAUCUUGUAUGGAUUCUGGGCUUAAAACCUGGUGUUGGAGGUGCUUUAAAGCCUGGAAGAGCUGUGGAAGGACCUAGCACAGUUCUAACAACAGCUGUUAUGACUGAUUUACCAGUUAUCUCCAACAUCCUUUCCAGACUAUUUGAAAGUUCACAGUACCUAGAUGAUGUUUCAUUACAUCAUUUAAUAAAUGCAUUGUGCUCCUUAUCUCUGGAAGCCAUGGAAAUGGCCUAUGGAAAUAAUAAGGAGCCAUCACUAUUUGCUGUUGCUAAGUUGUUGGAAACAGGACUAGUUAACAUGCAUAGGAUUGAAAUUUUGUGGAGACCCCUUACUGGUCAUCUCUUAGAGGUUUGCCAGCAUCCAAAUACACGGAUGAGGGAAUGGGGAGCAGAGGCUUUAACUUCUCUCAUUAAAGCAGGGCUGAUUUUUAAUCAUGAUCCUCCACUGUCUCAAAACCAGAGGCUUCAGUUACUGCUGUUAAACCCACUGAAAGAACUAUCAAACAUCAAUCACCCAGAUAUUAGACUCAAGCAGCUGGAAUGUGUGUUACAGAUUUUGCAAAGCCAGGGUGACAGUCUAGGGCCUGGCUGGCCCUUGGUACUAGGGGUCAUGGGAGCAAUCAGAAAUGAUCAAGGAGAGUCUUUAAUACGGACUGCAUUCCAGUGCCUUCAGUUGGUUGUGACAGAUUUUCUCCCAACAAUGCCAUGUACUUGCCUGCAGAUUGUUGUGGAUGUUGCUGGAAGUUUUGGGCUUCACAAUCAAGAACUAAACAUUAGUUUAACAUCAAUUGGUCUCUUGUGGAAUAUUUCAGACUACUUCUUCCAAAGAGGUGAAAUAAUUGAAAAGGAGCUGAACAAAGAAGAAGCAGUGCUUCAGAAGCAAGCACAAGAAAAGGGAGUUGCACUGAACCGUCCUUUCCAUCCAGCACCACCGUUCGAUUGCCUCUGGCUAUGUCUCUAUGCCAAGCUGGGGGAACUCUGUGUAGAUCCACGUCCUGCAGUUAGAAAGAGUGCUGGGCAGACAUUAUUCUCUACUGUUGGUGCCCAUGGGACUUUACUGCAACAUUCAACGUGGCACACUGUUAUAUGGAAGGUUCUAUUUCAUUUGCUGGAUCGGGUGCGAGAGUCUUCUACAACUGCUGACAAAGAGAAGAUUGAGUCUGGUGGUGGCAAUAUCCUCAUUCAUCAUUCAAGAGAUACAGCAGAGAAACAGUGGGCUGAGACAUGGGUGUUAACAUUGGCUGGAGUAGCUAGAAUAUUCAACACAAGGAGAUACUUGUUGCAAUCUUUAGGAGAUUUUUCUCAAGCUUGGGAUGUUCUUCUUGAUCACAUUCAGUCAGCUGCACUGAGCAAAAACAGCGAAGUUUCUUUGGCUGCUUUGAAAAGCUUUCAGGAAAUCUUACAAAUUGUGUCCCCUGUCAGGGAAACUGAGAAACCUGAUACACCACCUGCAAUUAAUGUGCCUGUGCCUGUCCUCAUAGGAACAGUGACUGCUACUGGCUUUGGAAGAUCUUUUAUGAGAAGUGAUUCUAUAGGAGAAAGGAUUGGAAGGUAUAAUGCAACUGAACCUCCAGUGGUAACAGAUGAAAUUGAAGAUUUGAAUCUUUGGUGGGCUGCCUGGAACAGCUGGUUUAGGAUUGGUUCGGAAAGUACAAAGCCUCCAGGUUCUUGUGAUAAAACGACUUUUAUUCCCAGCCAGCCUUUUCUUACAGCUUUAAUUCAGAUAUUUCCAGCCCUUUAUCAGCACAUUAAAACUGGUUUCAGUAUGGAUGAUCUCCAAAAACUGGGUGUCAUUCUGCAUGGUGCAGUCUCUGUUCCAAUCAGCUCAGAUGCAUCCCCUUUCAUCUUGCCAUCAUACACUGAGGCUGUUCUAACAAGUUUGCAAGAAGCAGUUCUUACAGCUUUAGAUGUUUUACAGAAGGCCAUAUGUGUUGGUUCAGAAAGCAUGCAGAUAAUGUACCCUGCUAUCUUUGAUCAACUGCUGGCAUUUGUUGAAUUUUCCUGUAAACCGCCACAAUAUGGACAGCUGGAAACAAAGCACAUUGCAAAUGCAAAAUACAAUCAGAUACAACUGUUUGCACCGGCGGAAUGGGUAGCGUUGAAUUAUGUACCAUUUGCCGAAAGAUCUUUAGAAGUUGUGGUAGACCUGUACCAAAAGACAGCUUGUCACAAAGCUGUUGUAAAUGAAAGAGUCCUUCAGAAUAUUAUCAAGACACUGAGGAUGCCACUCAGUCUGAAGUAUGCUUGUCCUUCAGAAAGUACAUGGAAACUAGCAGUUUCAUCUCUUCUUAAAGUUCUUUCCAUUGGCUUGCCCGUUGCAAGGCAGCAUGCGUCUUCUGGAAAGUUUGACAGCAUGUGGCCGGAGCUAGCCCACACUUUUGAAAACUUUUUAUUCACUAAAAGUUCACCUCCAGAUAAUCUUUCUAUUCAAGAGUUUCAGAGAAAUGAAAGCAUUGAUGUUGAGGUGGUGCAACUUAUCAGCACAGAGAUACUACCAUAUGCAAAUUUUAUUCCUAAGGAAUUUGUUGGUCAAAUUAUGACUAUGCUUAAUAAGGGCUCAAUACAUUCUCAGUCUUCAUCAUUUACAGAAGCAGAAAUAGAUAUUCGUAUGAGAGAGGAAUUUUCUAAGAUGUGCUUUGAAACAUUGCUUCAAUUUUCAUUCAGUAAUAAAGUAACAACACCUCAGGAAGGUUACAUUUCACGAAUGGCACUCUCUGUUCUCUUAAAACGAUCACAAGAUGUAUUGUAUCGCUACAUAGAGGAUGAAAGACUAAGCGGCAAGUGUCCCCUUCCACGGCAGCAAGUUACAGAAAUAAUAUUUGUUUUAAAAGCUGUUAGUACACUCAUAGAUUCUCUUAAAAAAACGCAGCCUGAAAAUGUUGAUGCUAACACAUGGGCACAGGUUAUUGCUUUGUACCCAACAUUAGUAGAAUGUAUCACCUGCUCAUCUUCAGAAGUCUGUUCUGCUCUCAAAGAAGCUUUAGUUCCGUUUAAGGACUUCAUGCACCCACCAACAUCCAAGGUACAGAAUGGAGAGUCUUGACCAAAUACAUUUUUUUACUUUGAAUGAAAAAAUACAUCCAUCAAAAGAAUGUUUAUUCUGAUGGAAGACGCCUCCAAGAAAAUCUCAUGUGACUAAUACUUGGCAAGCAGUAUUUGACCACCUGUAAACUGUACUAACCAGAACUCAGUGAUUCCUAUCACUUCAAGCUUGUAUCUUAAAUGUUUUGGGGGGAGUAGCAGUGCCAGCCUUUGACUGAGUUGAAUCCAUUUUAAAGUACAAUACUUGAUACACUAUCUUGAAGUGGUGAUUGAAAGUGGGCUUAUGUACAGCUUGUUGUGUAUGCGUUAAUGAUGUAAUUAUGGGGGGAGGUUUCAGGUUCAUUUGAAUUUAUUAGGUGGUUUUGCACCAUUUUUCAAGUACAAAAUUGUACUAAAAUUUUAUGCAAGAUGGUACUGUAACAUUCCACAUUAUCUUUAACCAGCCUUUGUAAACAAAGGGAAGAUGUACUUGUGUGUAUAAUAAAUCGUACAGUUAUGUAAAAAAAAGUUGCAUUUAUUAUUUAAAUUCUUUUUAAACAUUGAUAAUGUUAAAAGCUUAAAAAUGUAUUUAUUAUGAAUACUGAGUUGUUUGCUUGCAUUUUUACUUAAAAUUUGCCUUCUGUGUUGGCAGAUAUGCUCAUUCGUAUCUGAUCAUGCAGUUGAUUUUUUCUUCUUUUUUGGCAUAUUUGAAUGUAUCAUAUGUGUGGCCAAUGAAUAAUAAUUCUGCUAACAGGACAUAUGAAUAAAGAUAGAGGUAAACAGCAUGUCAGCUGCUAUGUUGACAUAAAUGAAUUUGAAUAGGCAGAAAAAUUCUGUGUAGCACUCCAACACUACCAUACCUCAACUCACUAAACAAUUGUUUUAGUUGUUGGCCCGUUUCUAUAGGUAAGCUCUGCUUUAUUAAAAAGGCCUCCUAUUUGAAACUUCUAUGUCAUUUUUGUUUUUGACCCCCAAAGGUAUGGGUCAAUCUUGUUAAAUUAUGACAAAAGCAAGAUGAUUUCAAAUAUCAGCAAUAUUUUACUUGUAUUGUUCAUUGUUUCAAUAAUCUUAAGUGCUUUGUUUUGUAAUGUCUUUUCAACUGAAGAAUAGCUGUUCUAUUCUUUGAGUAUAAAAUGUGUGUGAAACAAACCAAGAAGUGUAUUUUUGAAGAUAGUUUAGAGAUACAGUAAACUGUCAAAGUAAAAUUACUUGUUUCCCUUUGCUAUA